GCGCUGCUGGUGAUUGGCGGGUUCGAGGCGUACCUGACGCUGCUGCAGCUCUGUGACGCCCGCCAGCAGCACCCGGAGCUGUGUGUGCCCAUGGCCUGCAUCCCGGCCACCAUCAGCAACAACGUGCCCGGCACCGGAUUCUCGCUGGGCUGCGACACGGCCGUCAACGAGAUCACCGAGAUCUGUGACCGAAUCCGGCAGUCGGCACAGGGCACCAAACAGCGCGUCUUCAUCAUCGAGACAAUGGGCGGCUACUGCGGCUACCUGGCCACCAUGGCGGCGCUGGCCGGUGGCGCCGACAACGCCUACAUCUUCGAGGAGCCGUUCAGCAUCGCCGACAUCCGCGAGGACAUCUACCACCUGAUCCAGAAGAUGGACGAGGGUGGCAUCAAGCGCGGCCUCGUGCUCAGGAACGAGUACGCCAACCCCAACUACACCACCGAGUUUCUGCACCAGGUGUUCACCGAGGAGGGCAAGAACACCUUCUCCUGCCGCAUGAACGUCCUCGGCCACAUGCAGCAGGGCGGCUCACCCAGCCCGUUCGACCGCAACAUGGCCACCAAGAUGGCGGCCAAGUGCACCGACUGGCUGGUGCGCCAGAUGACGGAGAACACGCGCGAGGACGGCUCCGUGUUCACCAACCAGCCGGAGACGGUGUGCAUGCUGGGCCUGCGCUCCCGGCGCUACGAGUUUACGCCGGUCCACUCGCUCAAGCCCGAGACCGACUGGGAACACCGCAUCCAGAAGCAGCAGUGGUGGAUGAAGCUGCGCCCGCUGAUGCGCAUCCUGGCCAAACACACGGCCACUUACGAGGAGGAGAACGUCGAGGUCGAGCUGGACGGAAAGGCCCACUAACCGGCCGGCUGCGGCGCCGGCGGGCAUUAGCAACAUUUCGCCGUCUCCUAGUCCACAGUCGAUCUUAAAUCAACCGCGUUGUGAGCGCUUUAGCUAAUUGUUGCCGGCCGAUUUCGCUAUUGGUAUUCGGAAUCGCUAUAGGAAGGCGGCCAGGCUGAUUGUUUUUGUUUUCUGGGCCGGUGAUCGGACGCUUGUUGGCGCCUAAGUGUCCGCCGGCUCGUCAAAUUGCGCCGGGUGGGUGCGUGGGUCGCCGAGCUGCGCUGUCGGCCCUGCCGUGCGCUAGGCCCGCUGGCGGUGUUCUCUGCAUGGCGUACCCAUAUGCUAGGUCAAUCUGAGUUGCAAUCUGUCCUGGUUUGGCGCCGUUUGGACUGUUCCCAAUACACGGUCUUGGCAGAGGC